AUGGCGGGUCCCCGGUUUUCCCUUCCUGCCCUUCGCUUCCUCUCCCCCCCCCCCCUCCCUCCUCUCUCCGUCCUCCUCCUCCUCCUCCUCCUCUCCCACAACGCUCUCGCUGCUGACUACGGCCAGCUCUGCUACUCGGCCGAGGAAUGCCGCUCAGAAGAAGCUCCCUACUGCCAGUACUUCUUCACUGACAACACGUACAAGUUCAACACUCAGUCACGAGGAUGGAGCAAGCCAGCGGAUGAGACAAGGCCGCGCAAGUUCGGUCUCUGCGUGCAGUGCAUCUCCGACUGCGACUGCGGCGUCAACGAGUACUGCGGCAUCGACAACAAGAACCCUGUUGUUAUCCCCUACAACCUGACGUCCAACAACACCGGCACUGGCCUCACCCCCGGAAGGAAGCUCAGGAUGAUGGUGUAUGCGAAGCAGUUCGAGGGCCUCCCCCUCCGCUCCAAGUGCAAGAGCUACGACCUUCCCAAGUCCAACUGCGACACCUCCCUUGACAAGAGCGCUUACCAAGAGCAUGUCUUCACUUCAGUUCAAGUUGCCAAUACGGACGACCCCAACAACGUCACUUACCAGGAGAACCGAGGGACUCCGUUGGGAUGGCCCAAGGAGGCAGAAGCGUUCCUCAAAGUUGUGGAUCUCAGCUCAGUCAACGCGUACCCCAUGCUCCUUGUCAACAAAGUUCAGCAGCACUCUAGCGCCGUGUCCACCCGCAAUCUGUACAACACCCCAGCUACCUGCGUGCCGUAUGUGAUCGUGAGAAAUACCUCUGUGUGCCCAUCGUGCCUGUACCGUGACGGUCUCUGCAUGAAUCAGACUGAUCGUUUCUGCUGCGAGGCGAAUGAUGGCUUCAAUGAAGCUACAAGGCAGUGUUCAGUCGACUACAGGAGCUGCGAGGGAGCUUGCCAGCCCCCUACACAGAUUUUCGGAGUAACUUUCAGCAAGGAUACUUGCACGGCUCCCGGGGGGCCGCAGAGGAGCGAUGAGAAGACCUACUGCAGAUGCCUUGCCAGCUGCAAAGAAUGUGUCGCAAACUCCGGAGGUUGUUCCAGCGACACUGCGCAAGGACAGUGCAAGCUCUGCACUGCCGCACCUACUCCUCCUCCACCGUCUCCUCCUCCUCCUCCUCCUCCUGCUAUCACCGAUGGCUACCAAUGCGAUGCACCGUCGGUCAAUGCCCAGCAGUACGAGGCGUACCAGCCUCCGUCGUGGGGUCUAAGCACAUCAGCCUACUGCCAGCCGGCGUGUGUUGACUGCCUUGUCACAGCGGCCCGUUACGGCUGCACGACCUCACAACUAUGUGGAGAUAUCAAGUUGGAAGUGCAGGCUGAUGGAAGUUGUUCAACUACUGGGGAGUUCAGGCACGAGGAAGAGUCGUUCUCCUUCCACUUCGUCUCCCCUCCUAUCGACUACACCGGCCACUGCACCCAGACCGACUGCAAGAUUUGCUUGGACGGGCAGGAGCGAUGUACCGCCACCGACAACAAGGGACAUAGACAGACCUGCAUCAGCAACGAGUGGGUGUCCUGGACGUCCAAGGAGAUCAAGCAGCCCGCGGUCGACGUUGGCUCCCGUGCUCUCAUCGCCAUUGCGGUUUUCACUGCCAUCACCUUCCUGGCUGUUCUGCUGGUCACGGCAUCGAUUAUGAACCGGAUCUCUGCCCAGCAGAGGAGUUUCCCAGCUCCCCUCCCGGAGCAGUACGGAGGAAAGGCAGCUGCCUUCGUGCAGACCCCUGGGAACUUUCAGCAGACCCCAGCUCCCCUCCCAGCUCCCACCCCAGCUCCAGCCGUCGACCAGCCCCCCUCCAACGUCACUACGAUGCCUAAUGGCAUUCAGGUUCAUGUUGCGUAG